AUGGCAAUGGGUAAUCCCGCCUCACCGACGGCCGAUGGCCUAGCCGCCGGCGCAGCCGAGAUUGUGUGCUGCGCGGCCCCCCUCGCCCGCGUCGCCGACGCCGUCGCCGCGCUGUCCUGCGAGGCCGUGCGAUGGGACUCCGCGGCGGCGUUCGACGCGCCCGCUUCAGGCUACUCCACCAAGGACCAGGCCGACGUCGCCGCCGACCUCAAGAUGCUCCUAAGAGGACCCAGCAGGCUCGCGGGCUCCCGUGAAGCCGGAGGCACCUCUACGAACUCCUUCGCCGGCGUGCCCACCGUGCACGGGAACUUCCGUCAGGCAGUGCGCGCGCUCGACCUGGACGCCGGUCAGGGGAAGGAGGACGUUCUGAUGCUGCUGGCGACGCAAUUCGCAACCUCGGCGCACUUUAUGUGCAAGAUGAGCGCCGAACGAGCGAGGUUCUGCGCCGGGAGCAUCGCCGACGCCAGGCUCAGGGAGGAGCUCGUUGCCGCCGGUGGCGCCGAUGUCGGCGACCUCAAGGGGACGCUUGCUGAGAUGAUCACCGAUUCGGAUGCCGUGACCGUCCUGCGGCGAGUGCACGAACAGUUGCUCAAGCUCAGAGGCUGCCUAGCGUGGGAGGCUGCUGUGGCCAUGGCAGUGAUCGAAACCGCCCACAGUACAAUUCAGAAGCCGCGAGCUAGCGUGGAUGGCAAUUCUUCUGUACUGAUGCUGCUCAGGGAUCAUGUCACGGAUGGAAAGGAUGUUCCCGGCGUGAACUCUGAACUGGUUAAAGAUUGGAGGACCAAGCUAUGGUCGCUGUUUGAUCCUAGGCGCCCUGAAUUUGAGUCCCUCAUGGAAAAACUCAAGGGGAUUUUAGAGGAAAAGAAAGAGAAGAGGAGAUUGCCUAAAAUUCCCAAGGGAACACGUGACUUUGCGGGGCGGCAAAUGGCCAUAAGGGAGCGUGCGUUUUCGAUAAUAACAGGUGUGUUUAAGAUGCACGGUGGUGUUGCACUUGAUACACCUGUAUUUGAGUUGAGAGAGACCCUUAUGAGCAAAUAUGGUGAAGACUCCAAGUUGAUAUAUGACCUUGCUGAUCAGGGCGGUGAGCUCUGCUCUUUGCGGUAUGAUCUGACUGUUCCAUUUGCCCGGUAUCUUGCCAUGAAUAAUCACAUAACUACAAUGAGGAGAUACCAGAUAGCAAAAGUAUACAGGAGAGAUAGACCGUCAAAGGGAAGAUAUCGAGAAUUCUAUCAAUGUGACUUUGACAUUGCUGGAGUGUACGAGCCCAUGCAAGCAGAUUUCGAGGUUAUCAAAGUUUUGACCGAAUUGCUGGAUAAGCUAGAUAUUGGCAUGUAUGAGAUAAAAUUAAAUCACAGAAAGCUGCUUGAUGGAAUGCUGGAGAUUUGUGGUGUGCCCCCUGAGAAGUUCAGAACAGUUUGCUCCAGCAUUGACAAGCUCGACAAACUAACAUUCGAAGAGGUGAAGAAGGAAAUGGUUGAAGAGAAGGGUGUAUCAGAUGAAACCGCUGAAAAGAUUGGCAAUUUAGUGAAGACAAGAGGACCACCGCUACAAGUUCUGAUGGAACUCAGAAAGGAAGGUAGCAAGUUUAUUGAGAAUGAUGGGUCUGUCGUUGCACUGAAUGAAUUGGAAAUAUUAUUCAAAGCUCUAGAAAAAGCAAAUGCGAUAGACGUGAUAAGUUUUGAUUUAAGCCUUGCCAGAGGCCUUGAUUACUAUACUGGUGUGAUAUAUGAAGCUGUGUUCAAGGGUACCACACAGGUUGGCUCCAUUGCGGCUGGUGGCCGUUACGACAACCUAGUGGGUGAUAUUGUUGCUGGCAAGCAAGUCCCCGCUGUUGGCGUCAGCCUUGGAAUGGAAAGAGUCUUUGCGAUCAUGGAAGAACAGGAGAAAGAAAAGAACCAGGAGACCCGGACCACCGAGACGGAGGUUUUGCUGUCGAUUCUAGGGAAGGACCUUACAUUGGCAGCCGAGCUCGCAAGCGAGCUGUGGAGGGCUGAGAUAAAAGCGGAGAUCAAGCUCAGCACCAGGGUGCAAGACCACAUAAGAUACGCGACACAGUCAGGAAUUCCAUGGAUGGUGAUAGUUGGUCAGUCCGAGAUAAGGGACGGGAAGGUGAAGCUGAAGAAUAUUAGUGCUCGCCAGGAAGAGGAGGUUCCGAGGAAGGAUUUUGCUCACGUGCUGAAGCAGAGGUUAACUAAUCCCUAGAGAUGAAAAAUCUUAGGAAGAUGUGAAGCUGUUUGCUACAUUGAUCUUGAUUUUUUUCCUUCAACAUUCAUUUUUGUCAAUGUUGAUACGUGCUACAAAGCUCUUUGAUUUAUACUGAUCUUUUUAAUUUA